CUGGCUGGAGGGAUCAUCCUGGGAGUGGCCCUGUGGCUCCGACAUGACUCGCAGACGACAAAUAUCCUCUACCUGCAGCUGGGGGACAAGCAGGCCCCCAACACCUUCUAUGUCGGAAUCUACAUCCUGAUCGCGGUUGGAGCUGUCAUGAUGUUCGUGGGGUUCCUGGGAUGCUAUGGUGCUAUUCAGGAGUCUCAGUGCCUUCUGGGAACGUUCUUCACUUGCCUAGUGAUCCUGUUUGCCUGUGAAGUUGCAGCUGGAAUUUGGGGAUUUGUCAACAAAGACCAAAUAGCCAAAGACGUGAAGCAGUUCUACGAUCAAGCAUUUCAACAAGCACUCAUGGCAGAAUCGGAGACGAACAAUGGGAAAGCUGUAGUGAAGACCUUUCAUGAAACGCUGGAUUGCUGUGGUCCUGAUAAUGCAAUAGGAGCUAUCACUCCCCUGUGGAGAGAUGACCUCUGCCCAAAGAAGGACUCCUUCCUGAAAAACUUCAUGGAGUUCUCCAACUGCCACAAAAAAAUUGACGAGCUGUUCUCCGGGAAGCUGUACCUGAUCGGUAUCGCUGCCAUUGUGGUCGCUGUGAUCAUGAUCUUUGAAAUGAUCCUGAGCAUGGUGCUGUGCUGUGGCAUAAGGAACAGCUCCGUCUACUGAGCCGUGAGAGCCAGGGAGGGGAAGGGGGGAGCAGGGCGAACGGCACUAGAGGGGACCCCAAGUGCCACCAAGUGACCAGGAGACAUUUCAACAAAAUACAAAGGAAACUAUGUAUAUAAAUACUUCCAA